CGAGCGGGCGCAGCUCGGCCCCGGGAAAGGAGGCCCCAGCCCGCAAUGGGGGCGCCCCAAGUACAAGGCCCCGCGGAUGCUUGGCGGGCUGCCGGUCGCAGAAUAAUGGGCGGACCGAAGAAGGGGCGCCAGCUACGGCCCCCCGCAGGGUCUGCGCGAUCACGGGAAAGCUACGCACCAUCAUCAGCACCCACAGGGGCAGCGCCGAAGCCGCUCACAGACUGAGGCGCGGCACUGCGCUUUGCGUGUUGUGUUAUGUUGCCGCCGCCAUAAUAUUUCCAGGCUAGAACAAGGG